CGGAAGUUCAAGUUCAAGACGGGUGACGGUGCGGCAGUGUGCGAAGUUCAAAGUGAUAUGAUCAACACCGGGCACUAGGCUGCUAGGUGCUGGGUGCUAAUUGGCAGUGCGCGAAAUUAUAGAUCGGCUGAUUGAUCAGAAUUUGGAUCAGACCAGGGUUCUAUCAGUUAUAGUGCGUCGGUUCUAGAAGAGAGACACAGAUAUUCUCUGCUGAAGAAACAUGAAGUCGUGUUCGUCGGUGACGGUUCAGGCCGCAUUUGCUGUGCUGUUGGUACUUGGAGUCCCCAGUGCAUCAUCCCAUCGGUUCGGUUACACCAAGCCAGAACAACGGCGAUGGUCAAAGUCCCACGAGAGCUGUGCCGGAAAGCAUCAAUCGCCGAUCGCCGUCAUCAGCAGUAGGGCAAUCCCCUUGAACAUGCCGGCGAUCGAGUUGGUCGGGUACAACAAUCUUCUUCCGGGACCGAUCACCCUGCACAACAACGGACAUUCGGUAUCGCUCGGCAUACCGAAAACGGAUCCGGCCAAGGGCAAGCAUCCGUACAUCUUCGGAGGCAAGCUGCUGAACGAGUACGAACUGGAGGGCCUGCACUUUCACUGGGGCGACAAGAAUAAUCGCGGUUCCGAGCAUGUGAUGAACGACAUCAGGUACCCACUCGAAAUGCACAUCAUCCACCGAAACAAAAAGUACAAAACCGUUGCGGAAGCUCUCGGCUACACCGACGGUCUGACCGUCCUCGGUUUCUUCUACCAGGUUACCGAACACGACAGCCACGAGAUCGGCUCCCUCCUGCGGACCUUCCCCAUGAUCGAAGAGUUCGACCAGCAGGUCCAUCUGAAUCACACCUUCACGCUCAACUCGCUGCUCGGCGAUCUGGACAUGACCCGGUUCUACACCUACAAGGGCUCUCUCACCACCCCACCGUGCUCCGAGGCGGUCACGUGGGUUCUCUUCCCCGAAGUGCUGAACAUUUCCAUUUCGCAAAUCCGCCGCUUCCGGAUGCUCGACACCGGCCUGCACGGUUCUCCGAUGGUGGACAAUUACCGGGCGCUGCAACCGUUGGGUAAUCGGCGGAUUUUCGUCCGAAAGGUGAACGCACGCAACACGGCACUAGACGCGAUUCGGAACGAGAUCGAUCACACCAAAUGGGAAUGGGUGUACUAAUGGAGCUCUGGAGUAGCGAAGGCGAAAAGUUGCGGGGAAUCACAUCAGGUCAUAUGCGGAAGCCUUCUUUCAUUUUUGUUUUUGUUUCGAUUGCGAAUAUAUAAAUUGCAAAAAAAGAGGGCGGACGUCAUUGAAAAGUGCUGCGCUAAUUUAUUCGAUAAGUAAGAUAAAGAGGAGGAAAUGAGAUGCAUGAGUACCAAAAAGAUAAUUAAUAAAGCAAGCGAUGCGUAUUUCUUCACUGCAUG